UGAUUAGCCAAUCUCCAUGCAGCUGUAAUAUUAAUACACAGUGCCCAGUCCUUGGUGUAUUGGUUUUCUAUAUCAGACUCUGCAUGGAGAGUGAUAUCAAUCACAAUGUGGAAUGUAAUAUUUACAAGUGGAAUGUCAAAGCUUAUUGACGUUUUCGAGUAGCAAAUGUGCAUGUGAUCUGAAUUCUAAAAGGUGUAUACGAAACUCCUUCACCGAUAUAAGUGUUUAUAAUAUAAAUUUAUGGAAUACUGGCGACCUUUAUUGACGAAAACGGUUCGAAAAUGACAGCUUCAAAAACUCCAAUGUGAAACGAAUUUCGAAAAGUACACCACAUCUGAACAGGUGCUAAAGAAAAAAUAGAAGACAACAACAUUACAUAAUUAAACCAACAGAAUUGCAUUCAUUAAUGAUGCUGGAAAUACAUUUGCUGAGGACUGUCAGAUAGAGAUACAAGGUUGAUAAGUAAAGCAACACACAUAUAAAACAGACCCCUUCUACCAGUCAACAUGAGUAUUUUUCGACGCAAAAAGACGCUCAAUAUCACUGAAAAAGACCCCUCGUACAAAGUUGAGUAUUUGGGCAAUGUCCAAACAGCUCUUAUGAAAGGAGAUGGCUGUGUUGACAAGCCAGCGACUGUAUUAUGGAACAAUUAUAUCAAAACGCCAAAUCCUGGUCUCGACAUGAAAAUGACAGUUACCGCGAGUGGUCUAAAAGCUUACACUAAGGAACAGGGACUUACUGAAUACCGGGCUCAUAAAAUAAGUUAUUGUAUCGCUCACCCGACAUACCCGCGUAUGUUUGUAUGGGUAUACAGGCACGCUGGUAAGAAGAUGAAGAUCGAGUUAAGAUGCCAUGCAGUCCUAUGCAAAAGUGAGUCAAAAGCAAAAGCUAUGGCAGUUCAGCUUCAUGAUAAAUUAGACCUAGCCCUAAAAGAAUUCAUGCGGGAAAAAACACGUCGACAAAAUGCACGACUGAGGAUGGAGCGCACUAACAGUUUAUCAAAGUCUACUGGACAAGAUUUAGCGCUUCUCACAGCUAAUGGUGAAUACACACAAAAUAACAAUUUGGCCCACCCUGGGCAACCCAUACGCAAAAAACUUCUUAGCGCUGGGCAGAAUUAUAAGCCACCAAUCGAGCGAUCAUUGAGCGCGCCCAAAUUAGGAAGCAUUACUGAAGACAUGGAAGAGGAGCUUAACGAACAGAGAAUUUCUGCGAUUUCAUUGGAUGAUGACGUUCUGAUUGAAGUUGAUGAGGAACUUGAGGAAUUGGAAUCCGUGUCGCGGAACGGGUCGGUAGAGUCACCAACACACGGCAUAGAGUUCGAGAUUGGAAAUGAUAUAGAGGCUUUGAAAAAAGAAAAAGAUGUUCAGUAUCAUUUGAACAAAAGAAAGGAUUCAGAUGAGGACAGUUUAAGUUCAGAAUCAGGUAUUUCUGAUCCGGAAAGUCAAAAUGGCGGCUCGCCAAAAUAUCAUUCCAAAUAUGGAAAUAAUAAUGACGAGAAAAUUCUGAGUAGUAGUGCAACAACAAUUUUGACUGCAAAUAGUGAAAAUGAGGACAUCGCUAUUAUUAUAAGCACCAAUCCUAAUAUGGGCAUGGAAGACUCUAGCCCCGGGGUCAGCCCUACCUCCCUUAGCCCCCUGAGUAGUGGACCCUCUACUCCAACCCACACACUUGCUACUCCAGAUUUAAUCAACGGACAUGCAAAAAUGAAUGGAAGUGUGAGCAUUCCAAAUGGUACCAAUAUUCCAAAUGGUGCCAGUAUUCCAAAUGGUACCAUAAAUGGCACUGUAAAAGCCAUGUAA